CAAUGAUUGGACGAACACCAGCACAUUUACUCAAGCGCCGAGAUGUAGCAUGGCGACUAUCAAACAUGUGGGCGGAGUCUGUCGCAUGCCGUAACGCGGACUGGAAUUUGACUAUCAAUGCCAGCCGUCGAUAGCCUCGCGUUUUCUGUUCGAAUGGAAACGCCAAUCACUAGAGAUCGGUCUGCAUCACCUGUCACCCAGAGGAAAGUGAAUGUUGGCGACCGUCCUGUCCCGUCUUGUACACAUAAGUAUCAGGCGGACCAGAUAAGUGUCUUCGAUCGUAUCCAAGACUUGUUCUUGAUUUAGCCUACGCGUUUCGACAUGUAAAAACCAUGGCUGCAUUGGUUAUUCUUUAGUCUCACCAUUUGGGUUCUGAAAUGAGCAGUGUUUAGUAAUAUGGUGCUGAAAGUGGGGUUUUGGUCACCUUGUACUUUGUGCAUGGUAUCAUGGUGUCAGGCUGGGAAUGAGGUAGCAGAUCAGGUAUUCAUGCACGGUCAAACCGCCGAUGUCUGAGACUGAGACUGUGCCACGUCUUUCACCAUUUUCAAUCUGAAACUCCGUGAGCUGCGCCUCGUCUGGCCACCGGAGACCACCAAAGACUAGCUGCUUGCAUCCUUGGCCUUCGACAAAGUCUUGUGACCUUAAAAUCACCGACAUCAGAGACGACCUUUAUGUGCAUUUAUCUGACUGUUCACCACUACAGAAGAGAUAACCCCUUGUCAUGGGUCCCACUGGUGGAUUUUGUCAUCUUAUGGAGAGAAGUUCAUCUGUAGGAGGCAGCUGCGUAUUGAUCCUCCCCUGCGACUGUAACGCGGCAACGUGAGGACUGCCAUGGCCACAAGCGAAUUGGGCGGAGAGCAGCUCAGACCAGAUUCGGACAAUCUUCUUUUUUUUGCGGCUGCACAUGUUUGCGGCCUCUCAACAUCGUGAGAGAAAUCGUCACUCCAACUGACCUCAUUAUGGGGUCAGGGUUCAGUGCGUGCACUAGUCCGACCAGCGUGAGGGUGUCGGACAGCACUCUGACAACAGGCUUGGACAAAAACAAGUCUGUUGAACAUGCGCACUCGGACUCGUGCGACUCGGGUAUAUCAGUGACUGAACGACACCGACAGAGCAGCUGUCGCUCGGCACGAACGCGGGGUGGCACGGGGCUGCAGGUCGCCUCGGUGCGCUGCCACGAGGAAGAGGAAGGAGAGGAAGGGGUUCCAGGCACCGAAAUCGGGGUGAGCACGGACUCGAUGUGGAACAGCACCCCGCGUCCAGCGGGGGUGCAGCCGGUCCGAAAAGCAGCGGCAGUCAAGAACCUAGACAAGGAUCGUCCGCUAAGGCACAACCCUCACUCCGCGCCAAACCUUCUAGAACACGCCAUCAACGAAGAGGCUGAGGAAGAGCCGGAAGACAAGCGGCUGAAGAGACCUCCCCGGCCCAAGAGUGCGCACUUCCGCAAGUCACGUGCUCAGCUGCGCGCACGCACAGCCAAGUCACGGCAGGCAGCGAGAACGAGCAGAAAGGACGGUGGCGACAAUUCGUUCGAUGACUCUUCCAGCGAGGAGAACUACGAUGAUGACGAUUAUGACGACGACUUCGACUCGGAUGUGUUGUCUAUCCCAGACGAAACAGUGCUGACGGCAAUCGGUCCCAAACCUGUCGCCACCGUCAAGCUGGGACCCCAGUUUCAUUCUCGUCAAGCAGAGCGCAGCCUCGUCUCUACUCCUAUCGCCUCGUCGCUACCCAACGCCGACCUCUUCAAGGCCAGGACCAGCGCCAUCGCAAACCACGCCAACGACGACUACUACGACGAUGAUGAAAUGGAUUGGUGGAGGGACGACGGAGGCAACAGCACCACUAGGCUUGACGGAAGCGACACGGCGCGCAGCUUGCAGCAGCGCCACCAUGCGGGGAGCGUCAGUUCGACACCCAGCUGGCGCGAGGGACGUGUCUCAAAAAAAGCAAGUGAACGCUCUAUCUCCAGCAUCUUGCUGACCACGGUGGUGGAGCCGGACUGUCCUUCUCCCUUUCCCGCCUCUACUAACCCAGCAUGCUUUGCUGUCACUAAUCCCGAAAUAACACAACACAUCGUAAAGAGUCUGCGCGAAAUGGAGGAAGAACUCACAGUUGCCACUUUAACACUCGCUGCACGUGACAGGGCUACGCUUAACGACUAUGUCCAGGCUGUUGCCUCACUUACCCCUCGCGCCAUGCGCCUGCUGGGAGACUUCAAAAUGACUACCGGAGAAGUCCUAGGGCGACUUCCGGCUGAGUGCAAAACUUUAAGAGAGCUCGAAGAAGGCUUAGCAAGGCGAUUGAUGACAUUAAACUCAACCACAACUGGUUCCUUGGGGUUGUCUCCAUUGCUGAUUCACCAUCUUCAGAACAUUGAAGAGCUCUGCAAAAAGGAGGCAACCGUGCAUCCUCGAACCCUCCUUGUACAGACCCAGACACGACGAAAGCAAGGAGGACUUGCAAACGGAUCGGAAGCAGAGGAUGAGGACGACUUCAUGGAAGAUAUUCCACAUAGUACCACAGUGUCCAGCAACAUGAGCUCGGCGCGCCCCCGUAAGAGCGCCAGACGUCACUCUGGAGUCCAGUCUCUCCCCAGCACCAAAGUGCCAGGAGUAGUAAAGCCAAACAGUGAUGAGACGUCCUAUACAAAACUGACAACUUCCAACGCCAACGGCAACCACAGCGGCAACAGUGUGGUUAAGAAGCGCCCAGACAGCGGAAUCGUAGUCACCUCCUGCUCUGCAAGCAAUUCCAGCUCCGAGGUCAUGCGCGAACCAGACUCCGAUCUCGCUGACCAGACCGAGUGGAUCGCCACCUCCCUAGAGAUGCUGGAACAGAUUCUGCAGGUGCGAACGGAGAGUCAUGAAACAAUUAAAAGUCUGGUAGAUGCCAUUACUGCCGGAAGUACUUCAGACAAACUGAAAGCGCAUGCGUUGUACCGCUGGGUGGCGAGUCAGAGUAUGGCAUACUACAAGAAGUGCACUAGCGCUAAGCUUAACUCACCGACAGGAAAGCUCCGCCAGCUGGCAGAAAGGAAGAUUUCUUAUGCAACACUGUAUCAAGAAAUGGCCAGAGCCGGUGGCUUGAAGUGCGAGAAGAUCGAGGGCUACGCCAAGGGGCCUGACUACAGACCCGGCACGACCCUGACCGGUAGUAACGCAAGCACCUUCAGGCACUCAUGGAACGCCGUUCUUCUUAACGGCCACUACCACUUCGUGGACGCCGGUUUCGGCGCUCUGCCGUGCAAGUUCUUCGUGGAGCACUACUUCCUGACGCCUCCCGAUGAGAUGCGCCUUUCACACUUCCCGCACGAGAAGCGAUGGCUACUGAUGACGCAGCAGCACCUGGCGCUGCCCGACUUUGAGGGAACACUUAAGACCUGGCCCACCAUGUUCGCUUUCAACAUUCGGCCGCUCAACAUGCAGUCCGUGCUACGCUCCUACGACGGCCGCCUAAGCAUCACCGUGCUGCUGCGCAACGUGGCGGUGUCGCCUCAGCUGGAGUACGUUGGUCCAGGCCACCCACAGGACGCCGAAGCUCUUGCCUUCAACAUCGACCAGGAGAUCCGCAACGUGGACAACGCCGAGACUUUCCAUCUCAACCUGGUCGAGGAAGGGACCUACUACUUCACGCUCAUGGUGCACGACCUGGAGGACGGAGAGGAUAUUCCGGCUUUCCAGUACCGGGUCGAGUACCGGGACGAGCUGCUGUAGCGACAACUCCAGCCUGACUGGAUAAUUUGGGCAAGCCUCUUGCACGUGUCUCGAAUGUGAAGCCUACUGCUCGCGAUGGAAAAAUUGAAGUGCUGCAUCAAGUUGGAGCAUGGAUGUGUUUUCCGGUUAACGCGCAUGAUCAUCAGAAUAAUAGUCUAGCAAGCGUGUACUGAGAAGAACGAAACGCAUCCACCCUCCUUUCAAACAAAUGAUGUUGAUCAUCUUUAAACCCGAGACAAGAGUUUGUCUACACAGCUUACAAGCACCUCUUCAACUCUUUUUUUUUUUUGGGGGGGGGGAACAUUCAUAAUCAGACAUGUUAACAAUUAAUCUCUCUCUCUCUCCUUUUUGUUAUGGAAUUUUUUAUGGCUUUAGUGUAUAUACAAAUCAGAAAUGAAAAACUGAAGAUAAAUUAGUAACGAAAACCCGGAUCUGUACGCCCAUACGCGUCUGCAUCACAACAUCUCAAGAAAAACGGCGCAGCGCUAAUAAUGAAUCUCAUUGGUAUGGACAUAAAUUUUGAAAAGAAAUCUCACGUAAUCCCGACAGGAGAAUACACUUGUACGUAUGAGCUACUUAGAGUGGAUCAAAGCAGUAAAUUCUUCUCAGAAUAUCCCUUUCAAAAGCCCUUUCAAGCAGACACUAAAUGAAGCUUGAUGAGAGUAUGCAGUGGAUUAGUUUUCACGUAAACACAGAACAGGCACCAGGAGAGCGAGCGGGAAGUCCAGACCAUAAACAUAACGAACUUCGAGAGAUGCUGACGUGAUCAAGGGGUGCAAUCCCCUGUAGUUGCGCAGUUAUCUACCCAUGAUAAAUUUCGCUUCCUAUACUGUGAGCUUAUACCAUAAAACAAACAAUAUAGUCUGUUCAGACUUGGAAAAGAAAUUGAUUUAGCUAUGGUGAAAAUCCCUAAAAUAAUUAUAACAACGUAGCAAAGCGUUCUUAUCGCGAACUACAACGUUCCCUGGUGGCGACUUACUUUCCCACCACCGAACGAACUCUUUUAAGAGAAAUAUAGUGCUAAGAGAGUGGAUUAUCCUGUUAUCCACACUUCAUGCUUUCCAUAUGAAGCCACUUUCUCAAAGUUUCUUUCAUUCGCUGGAGGAUUGCCAAACAUCGUUAACAACUGCAGACCAUUGAUUUAAAGCCUAUUAUAGUGUCAAUGGUAAUGGUACCUACAGCUUGCCAACUGAAAUUUACCACAAGUAUCUACAACAAGGAUACGGGGUGAUGUUUCCAGACAGAAUAAACUUUGGUUAGUGAAUUAAUAUGCCACCGUGUUAUUGUGUUUUCAUAGUAAAGUAUGACUUUUGUGUAGGUGAGGUUUUAAUAACUAGAUACACGUGAAGAGGCAAGUUGAAAGAAAAAAAUUAUAUUUAUUGGUACAAAACAUGAUCGUCUUCUAUUUGAUUUAGUCUGAAUUUUAUUUUUCAGCGCUUAGGUCUUUGAGGUAGGCUAUUAUUAUUAUUGGGGUUGUUUGUUGCUGAAGAUUACGCAUAUAUUAUUACGAGAAGUACGUGUAGAAUAUGAGUGCCUGUUGAUAUUCCUGCUGCAUUUUGAAUAUGUAACGUUGUUCAAGCUUUAUUUCCGAAGCAAAAAACCACUUUUAAAAUAUGGUACUUAGAGACAUUUAAAAUGAUAUUGCUGAGAGUCACACAAAAAUUACAGGAAAACACAAACUGUGAUGGACGAGGAGUGCUUUUUAAUUGUUAAAACUUGAGUUGUUUAACUGUAUUUUUUAAAUCAGCGAUUACUAAUGCUGAAACUGAUAAGAGUCAGCACUAAUAACCUUUUCUUUCACAGUCAAGUCCUCGGAACACUUCCUGACUACACAUGCAGGCAUUUCUUACACCACUUUACCAACUACCAAAUUCUAAAACUGUAGUAGCCAAAGGACACGCGUAUUGACGCUUUAAAGUAAGUUUUAAGUUUGAUCCACACACAAUAGUACACAUCUUAGCACCCAUAACAUACGUGACAUCACAUGUGUAGCGGUGAUGAUGAUCUUGAAACAUAUUUCUUUUGUGAAUGUCUGUGACACUUUUGUUUAGCUUAGCUGUUGUCUCGGAACGUAGCAGAAACAGACAGGAUUCCUAGAGUGUAGUUACAGCAACGUUGGUUUGCGUCAAAUAGUGCUUAGCUCGUACACACUAAUUAAGGAAACCAAUUUGCAUAUGGAACUGGAAAAAAUCGCAUAUGCUAUAAUCCUAAAUGCAGUGCUUAUUUUGUGAAUAGUGCUUUUGUGCUUAUUUUUAGCCAUUUUGCUAGCUAUAUAAAAUGAGUUUUGUCAGCAAUGUACAUGUGUAAUUACUUUCUGGCUUCCUGUUCGCUAUUUCGUAUAUAGGCAUUCUUUCUUUCCUAUGGUGCAAAAAUCCAUUGUUGUGAUACAUAUGUUAUUCUCUAAUCCGUCCGAAGUCUUCAAAAAACUGGCAAGCAGACCCACUUUUACUGUGGCUGGUCGAGUAUGAAAACCCUGUCUACACACUAAAACUCUUAUUUUUCCAUUAUAUCCUGGUCAUAUAGAAUAUUUAAGCUCUACAAUUGUUUCCGAUUCGAUUCUUGGAUAUAGUUGUUCCUACCCACUUGCCUUUCUGUAACCGUUAAAGCACUUUGUGAGAUCGAUCACCUGGUCAGUUUGUCUGUUAGAGUUGUCUGUCAUUUUUUUCAUGUUGUAAUGGCGGAUUUACCUUGCCCUUCAAAUCAUAACUGCUCCACAUGUAUUUUCAUUUUACUUCUUUGAAAGCACUCCCGUCCAUGGCCCAGAAGGUUCAUCCUCAUACUGUCAAAUAAAGAUUGUAAUUCCGUCCACGAAUCUCAAAGAUUUUAAAAAAUAUUUUGGGUCCAGUAAAUAUUCUGCUACAGUAAGGUGCUUUUAUGUAUGUAUUUUUUUUAAUUCGGAUAAUCUUCUUUGUAACAUAGCCUUGAGUCAAAUUGUGGCUAAUGUUACAACUCCGUCUGUGAUCAAUCCCCUUUAACGUUACCUAUCUCAGAAUAAGUGACCUGCUCGUCAGUCCGCUUAUACCUUGUUAUGUUAUCAUGAAUGUUCUGUCAGCGAAUGCCCCAGUGUUUGUUUCAAACCCCUCGGUUGUACGUGUAGUUUACUUGACGAUAAUCUCUCCAUGGACUUCGCCAUUUUGUGUGAUAUUUACAUCAUUACGUGGUGAACUCUUCCUAAAUAUCCUAAAUAUUUUAUUCUCCUUCAGUUUUUGAAACAGAAAACAUGCGUGAACGUGUUUCAAGAUAAACAUAGAGGAUAAAGUGAUUGAUUUGCUGUCACCUUCCCUUGUAAUGUAUCCGACAAUUUAAAAAAUUGUUUUCAGAGAUAUACCACAUACAUUUACCGGUUCAUUAAAAAAAUCAAAAUGUUGCAGUAGUUGCUAAGAGAUAGAAAAAUAUGUUCACACAUCCAUGUGCAAUGAAAUAUUUCAUCGACGAAAUAAUUUUUUCUUUUAUAAAAUGUUGCAACUCCUUAAAAAGAUCUUUAACCUUUCAAACAGCUGCUAGAGAAUAAGUUGUGUGAAAACUGCUUAUAUAAAUAUUCAGUUGAAUUAUUUAAGCUUAUCUGUAAAUAUGGCUGCUAUUGCUGUCUUUCCCUUUUGUGAAAUGCUAUGUAUACUCUUAGUUGACAUCAUGAACACCAUGUCAUGGCGUCUUCAUCGUCUGACCAAAAUCAGUAUUAUACAUGUAAAGGAGAAGUGUUGCACUUUCAUGGUUUGACAAUGUAAAAUUAAAAAGUAUCGUACUGA